AUGCCAGCAAGAAACAACCGCUUCCACACGCGGGAGCCCUUCCAACAUGACGCCAAAUUGACGCUGCGACACGCCGAGGGGCCCUUUCGCUUCCUCAACCCAACAAGAGCCCAUUUCGACCACUCUGCGUUCUCAGCUCCGGAGCUGCCCUCCGACGAGACAAAGACACCACACGAGAGCGGCGACGAUGCAGAAGCUCCUCCUCCUCCUACUACUGUAACUGCUCGGCACGACGAGUCGAAAAAGGAAGCAGCCGAUUCCAAAAACGUGCCCGCGAAAAAUGUCAGGUUCCUGUGGCGAUCGCGAGACAACCGAAAGGGCCGGCACGCUCUGCUCGUUCAGCGGCCGCAACCUGGGGAGGACGCGCCUUUCAUGACGCCGAGACGGACGACGCAUCCUCGAGAGAUCCUAAAGACGGUCAUCAAGACGUUUGUGUGCUAUCCGAUCUGGGACAUUUCCUGGCUCGUGGCCUUUAUCUUUACGUGGGGGAGCGUAGUCUGGGUCAUCAACGGCUUCUUCGUCUGGCUCCCCGUGGAGGACCCCUCGACCGAGUUCGACCACGAGACCACGACCGGCGCCGGCGUGACGGCCUUUAUCGGCGCCAUUGUCUUUUUCGAGGUCGGGUCCAUCCUGCUCAUCUUUGAGGCCAUCAACGCCAACCGAUCGGGCUGCUUCGGCUGGGCUGUCGAACAGCUGGUCGAGAAGAAUGAGGGCGGCGGUAAACCCCGGCUCCAAGUCGUUGCGAACCGCCACCACUGCCACCACCAUCACCAGAACCGACGCAAUUUCAACUGGCAGUGGUUCCCUUCCUGGCAUGACCUGCGCACGCAUUACAUCCACGAGCUGGGCUUUCUCGCCGGUGUAGCUCAGUUCUUGGGCGCUACCAUCUUUGGAGUCUCUGGCUUCACGGCGUUGCCCGGCAUUCAGAACCAUCUCACGCCGCAAUGGAGGCUCAACGCCGCGUACUGGAUCCCGCAGGUCAUUGGAGGCAGUGGCUUCAUCGUCAGCAGCACGUUGUACAUGCUGGAGACACAGCAGAAGUGGUGGAAGCCCGCGCCCCAGCUGCUGGGGUGGCAGAUUGCGUUUUGGAAUCUCAUUGGGGCGAUUGGGUUCACGCUCUCGGGCGCGUUGGGGAUGGCGGCCAACAACUCGGGGGCGCAGUACGAGGCUGGGCUGGCUACGUUCUGGUAA